AUGCCCUUCAGUCUGAAAAAUGCGGGGGCAACUUAUCAAAGGCUGAUGAACAAAAUUUUUGAAAAACAAGUGGGGAAGUGCAUGGAAGUAUAUGUCAACGACAUCGUGGUCAAAUUCAUUGCAAUAGAACAACAUCUUGAGCAUUUAAAGGAGGUAUUCGGUGAAGCUAGGCGACAUGGAAUAUGGUUUAAUCCUGAGAAGUGUACAUUCGGAGUAGCCGGUGGCAAAUUCCUAGAGUUUAUGCUAUCAGAAAGGGGUAUCCAGGAGAACCCUGAUAAGUGCCAAGACACCAUCGAAAUGACCAGUCCUUGGAAUAUCAAGGAGGUCCAGAGACUAGACGGUCAGAUUGCUGCCCUCGCCAGAUUUUUGCCCAUAAUGGUGGAAAGGUCUUGGCCCUUCAUUGAUUUGCUCAAGAAAUCACAAAAAUUUUCUUGGUCGGAUGAAUGCGAGGAAGCCUUUCUCCAGUAUAAAAUCAUGUUGGCGACUUCCCAUAUUUUGACCAAACCAAAACCUGAACAAGAUAUGAUCGUUUACUUAGUUGUGUCAGAUAAUGCCAUUAGCUCGGUCCUACUCCAAGAAACACCUGAACCAGUCCCAGUUUAUUUCAUUAGCCGAACACUCCAAAUUCUCGAAACCCGGUAUCAGUUGAUGGAGAAGGUGGUGCUGGCCUUAAUCCACACAGCUCGCCGGUUAAGACACUACUUCCAAAGCCAUCAGGUGGUGGUACGAACCAAUUACAGAUCAUUAAACCGACUGGGUAGCAGAGCAGAAAUUAUACUUGAAGGACCAAACACCGUAACCAUUGAACAAUCUAUUCAAUUUGAAUUCAAAGCAUCUAAUAAUCAAGCUGAGUAUGAGGCUCUGCUUGCCGGCCUUAGAUUGGCAAAAAAAAUUAGAGUGGAACGCAUCACUUGCUGGAGCGAUUCAAAGAUAGUGGCUGAACAGGUCAAUGAAACUUAUCAGGUGAAGGACUCGGUUAUGCUCCAAUACUACCAGGAAUUCAAGAAUAUGGAAGGAGAAUUUGAUAAGGUACACGUUCGGUACACACCGAGGACCAUGAAUGAACAAGCCGAUAAGCUUGCUAGGCUAGCAAGCCAAAGGAAGCCAGGACAGUUACAAAGUGUGAUUCAUCAAGAGAUACAUACACCCAGCAUUUCUAAACAAGAGUGCAUGAACAUAGAAAAUAGGCCUCAGAAUUGGAUGACCUCAAUCAUUCAAUAUCUCACCAGCAGCAGCUUGCCAAAUGACCCAACCUUGGCUAAGAAGAUAAGAAUACAGGCAGCCAAGUACAUCCUUCUCGGUAAAGAACUGUAUAAGAGAGGAAUUUCAACACCCAUGUUGAAAUGCCUUGAUGAAGACCAAGCCAGUUAUGUAAUGAGGAAAAUUCGUGAAGGUAUUUGUGGUACCCAUUCCGGUGGACGAACCAUGGCAACUAAGAUUCUGAGAGUCGGAUACUUCUGUCUGACACUAUCCAAAGAUUGCCACAUCUUUGUAAAGAAGUGCAUCCCCUGUCAACAACACGAUCCUCACAUAUACCAAUAUGCUGACACCAUUCACCCCAUCAACUGGCGAUUCAACGAAUUCUUGGAAGGAUUGCAUAUCAAACACAAGGUUACAUUUGUUGAGCAUCCUCAAUCCAAUGGCCAAGCCGAGGCUGCGAACAAAGAGACACCCUUUCGGUUGACAUAUGGUAUUGAUGCCAUGGUGCCGGUUGAGAUUGGUGAGCCAUCAUUUCGAAGACAAAAAUUUGAGGAAUCGGCAAACCGCGAAUCCCUUGUCGUCAACCUAGAUUUAUUAGAUGAAGUACGUGGUCAAGCAACGAUAGUGGCCGAAGCUAGCAAAAGGAUAAUGGCAAAGAAAUUCAAUUCAAAAAUUAAUCCAAGACAAUUCUAUGUUGAUGACUUGGUGUGGCGAGUAACAGGGGAAGAACGUCAGGACUGA